GAACGGGACGAUGGAAUUAGGGUUUGGGGCCCAAGUCUCCCGCCUUUCCAGCCAUCUCCGACUCUUUCCCAUCGUCACCAGCAUUCACGUGUUGUUGUUCGCUGUGCUCCAUCUUAGCUCGGUCCUACUACGGUGUUGCCUGCUUGCCCCUGUCUCUACUCCCUGUCCCCCUUUCAAAGCCAUAGCUUGUGCUUGAAACCCUAAGGUUUGCUAAACUAGUAUCAUUUCAAUCAUACGGCAACGUGUGGGAGCAUUGGGACGGAGGGCGGUCAUCGGAGGAGGAGCAAGGCAACAGGCGGAGUCGGCCCGGGGUGGAGCUGCAGGGGGGCUGCGCUGUCCACCAAGAUGAGUACCGGCAGGGGCGGCGGCGGUGCCGUCGACAUCCCGGCCAGCACUAAGAAAGUGGUGCAGGACCUCAAGGAGGUGGUCGGCAACAGCGAAGAGGAGAUUUAUGCCAUGCUCAAAGAGUGCAACAUGGACCCGAACGAGGCCGCGCAACGGCUGCUGAACCAAGGAGAUCCGUUUCACGAAGUGAAGAGGAAGCGGGACAAGAAGAAAGAGACUGGAGGAAUGAAAGCGAGAGAUUCGGAUAUGAGGGGACGGCCUGGUAGCGGUGGUUAUAUCAGAGGAGGUGGACGUGGCGGUGGUGGAACCGGGGGUUCUCUGCCUCGUUACGGUUCUCAGGGUUCACAGGAGUAUGGUGGUGGGCGAGGUCGAGCGCACGGAAGAGAGAAUGGCAUUCAUCCUGGUUUGCGUGGUUCUAGCGCAGCUUCAAAUUCAACUACUGCACCCUGUCAAGCAAAGCCGUCGGCCCCGAGCUCUGUACCACCAUCAACAGGCGCUCAAACAGCAGCAGCAGCAGCAGCAGCAGCACCAGUUCAAGCUCCAAGUCCAGCUAGCAGUAGCUCCGGAGGAGCAGUUAAUGGAAGCAGCGGGUUUGUGAGACCCGCACGACCCCCACAAGGGGCAUGGGCCUCAGGGCAUGGCACAAUGGCAGAUCUAUUGAAAGCGCGGGCAGCUCCUCCUCCACCUCCCUCGAGCUUCCAAUCUCCGGCAACUUCCCCAGCCGUGCCGGUCGUUCAAACGGCGUUGUCUCCAUCAUAUCCGGCUGCCGUAGCCCCAGUAGCAGCUUCUGAGCCUUCUCCGGAGUCCUCGGGAUUUUAUUCGUCGAGUGCGGACCCGGUGCUUCAUACAUCGGUAGAUUUGCGAGUUGUGGGCGGUCAAAGUGCCAUCGGUGCGGUGGGCAACCAGCGUCCUAUUGGAGAUCGGCCUGUAAGUUCAUCAAAUGCAGAGGCGGCAAUCGAUUCAAGUGCGGCGUCCCCAUCGGCUCAAGCGAGCUCUGUCCCAGAAUCCGAAGGCUCUGGCGAUCUGGAGACAGACAUGGAGAGGGAAUUAGAGACAGCAAGACCGCCUUCUCCUCCUGCUGCGACGGCGUCUGCACCGUCUAGUCGAGAUGUAAGUGUGGAUGAAGCUGCCGUGAGCAUGGAGGCAGGCAACUCGCAAGGACACGGGUCAAUGAGCGUACUGGGUGGUAGCCAAUUUAACGGGCGACCUUUGUAUGGGUCCCCACAGCAGCCCGUGGGCACUCAGAAAGCUGCAGGUGCCGGCGGCUUGGAGUGGAAGGCGAAAGCUCCUGGGCACAACUUGUUAGGAUCGUCAGCGGACGGUGGUUCUCAAGGUCUAGGUGCUGUGGACCCGACGAGCAUAGCUCAAGCAUAUCAGUCUAUGAGCAUACAAGAAGACGAGCCGGUGAUAAUUCCGACGCACCUUCGAGUGCCGGAAGCAGACCGUUCGCAUUUGAGCUUCGGUAGCUUUGGUUCAGAUUUUGUGUCAGCUUUCGGGACGAGCUUUGGUCAUGCAGAAGUUGAAGAGAACAAGAAGAACGUGGAGACUAUUGCUGUGGAAGAGGCUCCGGUCGAGUUGCCGGCUCCUUCAAGUGUGGAUACCCAAGUGGAGAUGGCCCAGUCAUAUGGGCUGCAGCAGGUAGCUACUCCGGUGGAGAGCAUUGACGCGAGCGUGGAGGCACCACCUGUAGUUCAGCAAGACCCGGCCGUUCCAGCCCAGGAGCAGCACACGAAACCUGAUCCAGUGGUGCAGUCGGCGCCGUAUUUUUUUGGGGCGUCAAACUAUCCUGGGUUUGGGUUGAUGCCACAAAUGCCUGGCGGUCAGUAUGGUUACGAGCAAACGGAGUCGGCACCUCAGGAUGCACCUCGGAUUCCAAGCAUGGUGCCGGCGUACGACCCGACGACGAGCUACUAUACUUCAGCGUUCCGUGGGGCAGAAUCCGAUCGGCUUUAUCCUCCCUAUGUUCCAACGAACACAGCGAGCAAGUAUUCUGGGAAUAUUGGUUUGAUGGCGGCUCCAUCUCUUCAAGCAUCCCAGGAGGGAGGAAAUCCGAUGCUAGCUUCUGCCACACCGAGCGUGAGUUCUUCGCAGACUUCUCAACCGGGAAGUAACGUGCAGCCUGCACAAGUGGUGCCGCAGCAAGCUUUGCCGAUGCAUUAUUCACAGCCACCUUCGGGACCCUUUGGGAACUACGUGAGUUAUCAAUAUAUGCCCGCAAGUUACCCGUAUUUGCAGCCCCCAUAUCCGCACCACGUUUACAACUCGAGCAGCACAGCUUAUGCUCAGCCUCCGGCUGGCUCGACGUACACUCCUCCAUCUGCGGCAUCGUCUUAUCCAGCUGGCGGAGCGACUGCUGUGAAGUUUCCGAUGCCCCAGUACAAGCCCGGGGCAGCUGCCGGAAACGCUCCCCAUCCUGCACCAGCCGUAGGAUACGGCGGGUACACGACAACGCCUUCAGGAUAUGCGUCAAGUCCUGCGGUGACAGUCGGAAAUGCUUCUGGAUACGAGGACAUGAACACAUCGCGUUAUAAGGAUAGCACUCUCUACAUUCCGAGCCAACAGCAGGGAGAUAGCUCGACAGUAUGGAUUCAGGCCGCGAUGCCCCGCGAUAUUGGACCGUCAGCGGCCAUGCAGACGAGCUUGUACUACAGUUUGGCCGGGCAAGGCCAGCACAGUGGAUACGCGCAUUCUCAGCAACCGACGCACGGGCAUGCGCAUCCAAACGCGGCAUAUACCAACUUGUAUCAUCCGUCACAGACAGGGCCGGCCCCAAGCCAUCAGAUGCUUCAACAGCCCCAAGGAAUGGGAGGCGCAGGGGGCAACAGCCAAGCAGGAGCCUACCAGCAGCAACCUCAACGUGCGCAACAGUCAUGGAACAAUUCGAACUAUUAGGGAGCCGGGAUCAUGAAGUCCCUGUGAACAAGCCAUCUGAUUGUGCAGUCAUUUCAGUGCGCUCGGUAUUUUUAGAGGAUGUAGACUGAAUUGAUUCACAUCGAUUUCUAAGCCAGAUCGUGGUGACGACAGUGCGGCUGCUGGGGUUACUGUUGUCUUAGGCAGAUUAGGGGUGGCCUUGAGGGGUCCUAUGAGGAGUGUAAAUACAAGCUUGACGAAAAUGUCAGUAUGUGCACGGCAAUUUCAUUUUUGGACCUAGCCAUGCACAUUCAACUUGAUGAUGGUAGUGUGUUGUGUGCCAAUAGACAGAGAUGGUGCUCAAGCUCCUUCUGCUUUAUUUUCUGACAUGCACAUAUACUAGUUUGAUCACUCGUUUUGGCAGAUAUUGGGAUGCCUCUGUUUCAUAAUUAAAUUGCAUUGUGUUUUUUUUAUUGGCCCUCA